CAUUCAUUCACAGAUACAUAUUAUUAAAUUCCAGCAAUAAGAUAUAAUUACUUGCAAGAAAACAAAUGAAUGUGCAACUAAAAACAUAGUAGUUAUUAAAACGCUCAGUGAAUUCAUUAACAAAGGAAAAAGGAGGUGAUAAAGUCACAACAACAAAAUUCAAAUACGUACUCCUGUAGAAUCUACAUUCCACUCAACUGACGUGUCAAAACAACUUGCAUUAAAGUAACAAAUUUAUACUUUCACAAUAUAAUUUAACAGCCGUAUUGCAUUGAUUCCAAUACAAACCUGGCGCAUUCCGGCAACAGUAUGCGACGCAAUAAUUAUCCGUAUCAACCCCUUAACCAAACGGCAGGUCAAAGUGCUUUACCACACGACGCGCUAGAAGAGGAGAACGAACGCGCUGCUGAGGAACUAAAACAUAAAAUAGGUGCACUUAAGUCAUUAACUAUAGAUAUUGGCAACGAAGUUCGCUAUCAGGACAAGUUGUUACGUGGUAUCGAUGAUGACAUGGAUAGAACGGGUGGAUUUCUCGGUAAUACAAUGGCACGAGUGGUACGCUUAGGGAAGCACAGUGGUGGCCGUCAUAUGUGCUAUAUGUUUCUUUUUGUAUUGUUUGUAUUUUUAAUAUUAUACGUUGUCAUUAAAAUUAAGUGAACCGAUUGCUUUAAUUAAAUUAUAAUGAAAGGUUUAGCUGAAUUAUUACUUGAAACGAUUGUGAAACUUUCGACGUGUUGUGAGCUACCUAAAUGCAGCCAUACUUGUUGUGACUGUUAAAAAAAGAGCUAUUAACAACUGCGAUUACUAUGUAUAAUAGAAUAAACUAUUUUUGUAAACAUAAAAAAUAUAUAUUUGUUAGAUUUUUAAAUGUAAAUAAAAUCUAAAAGAGCAUAAACCUACAAACUAGUUAUAAGUAUUGUAAAAGAAUUUAUGUACCAUCAUCAUUACACUGCACGAUUUCUUAGCUUAAUUGAUUCGUCUCUCAUAAUUGAGGGGAUUGUUCUUAUAAUUAAAAAAGUGGUGAGCCACAUACAAAAUA